AUGUUGAGAGCAAGGGAUUCAAUUGACCAUCUCAUCUGGUGGCAACUCAGAAUGGGCUCUUCUUUAUUUUGGUUUGAUAAUUGUUCUGGUUUGGGACCACUCUAUUUUCUUACACCUCCUGAUUUUUAUUAUGAUGAGAACAUCAAUAAUGUUACUGAUGUGGUUACAGAAGGCAGGUGGAAUGAAAAUAUUCUGAGAAACUGUUUAUCUGAGGAACUUGCUGAACAUAUUCUGCAUGAGGUACAACUUCCUAGUAGGCCUGAUGAACUUGACAAGCCAUGGUGGACACUUGAAGCUAGGGGUGAAUUUUUUGUUAAAUCAGCUUGGGAUCAUUUAUGGAGCAGAGGUCAGCCUAGGGAUGCAUAUAAGAAGAUUUGGGUGAAAGGGCUGCCUUUCAAAAUAGCUUUCUUGAUGUGGAGGGUGUGGUACUUCAAAAUACCUUUGGAUGAUGUGAUUAGAAACUGGGGAUACCACAUGCCAUCAAAGUGUUUUUGUUGUGCUGAACCUACAGAAGAAUCAGUACCUCAUAUCUUCUUGAGGUGCCAAACUGCUCAAAGGGCCUGGUCUUAUUUCUCUGCUACUGCUGGUAUCAACAUUGCAGGCUUGAACUUGCAUCAAGUGAUUACAAAAUGGUGGACUGCUGAUACACUAUCUAGAUUGAAUCCUAUUUUUUAUGCUAUUCCAUCUAUAAUUAUGUGGGAGUUGUGGAAGAAACGAAAUGGGGACAAGCAUGGAAACAAGGUUUCUACUAACAGGGUUAUAUAUCAAGCAUCAAGCAACAUCCAACAGCUGGUGAAAGUAAGAAAACCUGGAAUUUGGAAGUGCAAUACUGAUGGGGCCACUAGAGGGAAUCCUGGCAGGAGUGCUUAUGAUUUUUGUGUAAGAAAUUCUGAUGGAGACUUAGUUUAUGCAAAGGCCAAAGAAAUAGAAGAAACCACUAACACUGUCUCUGAAGCAAAGGCUUUGCUUGGUGCUGCAAGAUUUUGUCUUGCAAAGCAUGUGUAUUCCUUUAUUCUUGAAAUUGAUUCAUUGCUGUUGAAAAAGAUUCUGGAUAGAGAAUGGAAGCCUCCAUGGAAUAUUAUUCAUGCAGUAGAGGAGAUUUGGGAUAUACUGCAGAUGUUCAAGUACUGCACAUAA